AUGUUUGCAUUUCUUUCCAAGAAAAUUGGUAUUCCAAAUAAUAUAAAAGUUGAAUUCGUAUCAUGGAAUAGUGAAUAAGGAUGGAUAGGAGUAGGAGGUGAACGCGGGUUAUUAAAAAUCUUAAAAUUAGAAGACUAGAAAAUUCGCGACGGUUCAGCACCAACCCAAACAGGAGCAUUAUUAUUAAAUCAAACAUUAGAAAAUCAUUCAGGAACAGUAUCGAAAAUAGACUGGAAUGUGCGUUAUUAGAAAUUAACAUCUAUUGAUACAAAUGGUUUAAUUAUAGUAUGGAUGAUUCAUAAUGAAUAAUGGUUUGAAGAAAUGAUUAAUAAUCGUAAUAAAAGCUUUGUUAGUGAUAUUAAAUGGUCUCCAGAUGGUAGUAAAGUUUGUAUCGCCUAUGAUGAUGGUUCAGUUAUUGUUGGAGGUGUAGAAGGUUCUAGACUUUGGGGAAAAGAUUAUCCACAUAGAAUCGCUUUUAUGGAAUGGUCACCAGAUUGUAAAAUGAUUAUUUUUGGUACAAUUGAUGGUGAAGUAAGAGUCUUUGAUAAUAGUGGUAUGUCUUUACAUUAAAUUAAAAUGGCUUGUUUAUAAAGACUAGUUGAACCUACAAAAUUAUUUAGUCCUAAUUUACCUUUAGCUGCAAUAGAAUGGUAUAAUUAAGCAAAAAUGUAUACAGAUGAUACACCGCCUGGAUUAUGCAUUGCAUAUUAAUGUGGAAGAAUAUAAUUAAUGAGAAAUGAAAAAGAUGAUGAUUCAAUAUUAAUCGAUACUGUAAUGCAAAUUCAUUCAGUAAAAUGGAAUCCUAAUGGAACAGUAUUUGCAGUUAGUGGCUAAUAAAAUGAUAAUGGCGAAGCGAAAGGAAUUGUAUAAUUUUAUUGUAAUUAAGGAAAUCAUUUAAAAACCUUACCAGUAGCAGAUAAUGUAGGUAGUAUAUCGUGGGAAGGAAAUGGAUUACGUUUAGUAAUGGCAGUAGGAAGUUCUAUAUAUUUCGCAAAUAUAAAAGUUGAUCAUAAAUGGGCAUAUUUAUCAAACAAUACAUUAGUUUUUGCAUAUUAAAAAUCUGAUAGAGUUGAAUAUUCUAUUAUUUUUUGGGAUAUUACAAGCAAUAAAAAGACCAUAAAAUAUGUAAAAAAUCUAUAAAAUAUAAAAUCAGCAGGAGACAUGUGUUGCAUAAUAACAUACAUAGUAAGUUUAGAUUUAUGGUAAAUAGAUUUAUGUAAUAGUAUAGGAUCUCCAAUUGAUUAGAAAUAAAUAAAUAUAGAACCAGUAUCAUGUACAAUGACUAAAACACAUAUAAUAGUAUCUUCUCAUGACCAUCUAUAUACAUGGCAGUAUAAAAAUUAAGUAGAACGUUUAACUACAUUUGAAUAAUAAUCCGGAUUAAGAAGAAUAGGUAGAGAAUAAGCUUGGUUUAUUGAAAAUUCGCCAGAUUAAAAUACUAUAUAUGAUAAGGAUUAAUACGAUGUCGAGCCUAUUACAGAUGAUAUAAUUGUCUGUACUACUGCAAAUGAGCAUUUUUUAUUUGUUGCAAGAUCGUCAGGAGCUGUUUGUUAAUUUGCUUUUCCACAUUUUUCAUUGGAGAAUAAACUUUGUUUUUAAUAAAGACCACUUUUGAUGUCUGCUAAUGUGAAUUCUACCCAUAUUGCAUCAAUUGAUUUGUUAGGGAAUUUAAGUAUUUUAAAAAUCAAUAAUUAAGGGGGAGAAAUACUUCCAUUUGAAAAAAAAGACUGCUGGUUUGUAUAAUAUUCAAUGGAUAUUCCUAACAGUUUCGUUUUUAUGGAAAAAUCGAGAAUGUAUGUAGUGAAUGAUUUAACUCCAGAAGAACCUAUAUAGACAGAUGGAUAUAUAAUUUCAUAUAAGGAUUUUGUUAUAAAAGCGGCUUAUUUAGAUGAUUUAGUGAAAUCUCCGGAUGGCGUUUUGAAUUCGGAAGAACUUAUAUUGGAAAUAGAGUCUAAUUUAUUGAAAGAGAUUAAAGAUUAAUUACAUAAGAAAUCUAUGUAGGAAAUGUUUUAGAUAAUAAAAAAUCAUAAUCAUGAAUGUCUGUGGAGAUUGUAUGCUAAGAAAGCUUUGGAAGUAUACGAUUAUGAUUCUGCGGAAAAUGCUUUUGUGGCCUGCUAGGAUUACGCAAGUCUAAGUUUUGUGAAAAGAAUUAGAGAUUUAGAUGAUAGAGAUAAGUAAAAAGCUGAAGUUUCAGCCUAUUAUGGGAAAAUAGAUGAGGCUGAUGAGAUUUAUAAGAAAAUAGAAAGAAAGGAUCUGUCUGUUUAAAUGUCUAUGAGGGUAGGAGAUUGGAAUAAAGUCAUUGAUUAAAUAAAAGAAGGGACAGGAGGGUAAGAUUAGGAACUUUAAAAAGCCUAUUUGGAAUUAGGACAUGAUUAUUCAGAAUAGUUUAUUUGGGAUAAGGCUGCAGAAUGUUAUGAAUUAGCCAAAUAUAAUGAAGGAUUAAUUGUUUGUUAUACUCGAAUGGAAGACUUUGAGGCUUUGGAGAAAAUUAUUUUAUAGAUCCCUGAAAGAAGUGAGCUUUUAAAAAAUUUGGGUGAUGUAUUUUAGUAAAUGGGAUUGUGUGAGUAGGCUGUGAAAUGUUAUUAGAAGUUCGGAGACCUUAAAAUGGCAGUUGAUUGCUGUGUUUUGUUAAAUAAUUGGAAUAUAGCAGUUGAUUUGGCAGAACAGCAUAAUUUUGUUCAAAUUGAGCCACUUUUGAUUACUUAUGCGAAUUAAUUACUUGAGAAAAAUAAAAAACUUGAAGCAGCAGAAUUAUAUAGAAAAGCUAAAAGAAAUACUGAAGCAGCUAAAAUAUUGUCAUAAAUUGCAAAUGAUUUAAUUGAAAGAGAUGCUAAUCCUUUAAAUAUUAAAAAAAUGUAUGUUAUGGCGGCUUUAGAAGUUGAUUUGUAUAAAAAAAGAAUGCUUGAUGCUUCUAUGACUGGUUAAGGCGAUUCUACUGCUAAGACACUUAAUUCUUUAAUUACUAGUACUAUUAAUACUUCUAGUGCUGAUAAAAUUUUAAAUAAUCCUUGGAGAGGUGCUGAAGCUUGGCAUUUUUUUAUUUUGGCUCAGAAAUAAUUAUAUAAUGGAUAGUUUAAAUAUGCUUUAAAAAGUUCUAUUAGAUUAGCAGAAUAUGAAUUGGAUAUGGAUUAAAGGAAAAUAUAUUCUCUUAUUGCUAUUGCAGCUUAUUAUAAUAAAUCUUUUAGAGAAUGUUCGAGAGCUUUUGUGAAAUUAUAAAAUUUACCUGAAUUAAAUUAGGAUGAAAAGGAGCUUUAUGAAAAUAUUGCUGUUGCUAUAUUUACUCGUAAUUAACCUUAAGAUGGAUAAUGUGAAUAUUACCCUUGUUCAGGAAAAAAUUGUUAAGAAUAAGUUAGUGAAUAUGAUAUUCAUUGUAAAGCUUGUGGAAGUAAUUAUUCACCAUGUGUGGCUUCUGGUAGACCUAUUUUUGUAAAAGAGUUUUAUUCUUGUAAAGGAUGUAGACAUAAAAUGAUUGAAAGUGAAGUUUAAAGACUUAAACUUUAACAUUGUGCUUUAUGUCAUUUACAUAUUGAUCCUAAAAGAUUUGGAGUAAGAGAGGCUAAUUGA